AUUUGAAUUCAGUCGACAAAAUGAAGACUAUCAUAAGUGUUCUGUUUGUAAGCAUUGUGGCGGGAUCGUUCGCUUUCCAAAGCGGUCCAUCCAAACCCGCUGAUAAGGAUUUGUUGGGCAAACAAGCCAUUAUUUUCGAAUUACUGCAACAUCCAUACCAACCCGGUGUCUCGAUUUACAAACCCGAAUAUUUGAAUAUUGUGAAUUCAUAUGACUUGGAACGCAGCUUGGAAUUUUACAACAAUGUGAAUGCUGUUAAGGAAUUUUUGCUGUUCUACAAAAAGGGAUUGAUCCCAUACAACGAACUAUUUUCAAUUUACAACGAUCUUCAUCGUCAACAAGCUGUUGCAUUGUUCCAUGUGUUCUACUAUGCUAAAGAUUGGGACACAUUCUACAAGACCAUACUCUGGGCACGAUACAACGUAAAUCCCGGUCUUUUUGUCUAUGCAUUGAAUGUUGCCGUUGUGCAUCGUCAAGACUUGGCCGGUUUGGAAUUGCCAGCCAUUUAUGAAAUUUUCCCACACUAUUUCUUCAGCUUUGAUGUAAUUCAACGUGCUCAAUUGUACAAACAACAAGGUUUCUAUGGUGUUAAAAAAGUUGAUGGCAUUUACAACGUUGUUAUUCAAGCUAACUACAGUGGCCAAUACGUUAAUAGUUAUGAAGAUCAAAUGGUUUCCUAUUUCCUCGAGGAUAUUGGUUUAAAUGCAUAUUAUUACUAUUUCCACAUUGAUUAUCCAUUCUGGAUGGGCGGCCCUGAAUACAAUUUGUACAAAGAUCGUCGUGGUGAAUACUAUUUGUACAUCCAUCAACAAUUAUUGGCACGUUAUUACAUGGAACGUCUGUCGGUUGGAUUGGGAAGCAUUAAAGAAUUCAAUUGGUGGUCACCGAUCGGUGCAUACUAUCCAAACAUUCGCACAUACUAUGGACAAAACUAUGUAUCACGCGAAUCUGGACACGUUAUUUACCAAAAUGGAAACUACUUCAACAUUGAAUAUAUCUAUUCGUACGAACAACGUUUAUUGAAUGCCCUUGAUUCGGGACACUUUUUGCUCAGCAACGGAACAUACUUCAAUUUUGCCUAUCCCGGUGGCAUUGAAUAUUUGGGAAAUUUGAUCCAAGGCAAUCCAGACAGUUUGAACGUUAAAUACUACAAUUAUUUGUACUACGUUUACAAGACUUUCGGCCAAUAUUUGGGCAAAGACUAUCAUGUUAGCGGUGAAUUGCCAAGUGUUUUAUACAAUCCGGAAACAACAUUGCGUGAUCCAGCAUAUUGGAUGUUCUUGAAGCGCAUCUAUUCAUUUUUCAAUAAAUACGCGAUUCAAUUGAAACCAUAUUCAUUGCAACAGAUUAGUUUUGAUGGCGUUAAAAUUGAUUCAGUUCAAACUGAUAAAUUGAUUACAUACUUUGAUUACUUUGAUGCUGAUAUUUCGAAUGCAGUUGAUAUUGAACAAUAUCUGCCCGAUCGUGUGUCAGAAUUAAGACGAUUCGGACGUCUUUCAUACUAUAACGGUGAUGACUAUGUCAUCAAAGCACGUCAAUUACGCUUGAAUCAUGUCCCAUUCAAAGUUACUAUCAAUGUUGUGUCGAAUGUUAAGGUUCCUUCAGUUGUUCGUAUUUAUCUUGGACCAAAAUACGAUGAAUAUGGCCAUUUGAUCGAUCUCAAUGAAAAUCGUAACAAUUUUGUGCUUUUGGAUGCAUUCAAAUAUGAUUUGAUCAGUGGUAAUAAUCAAAUUAUUCGUGAAUCACAACAAUUCUUUAUGAAUGUUAAGGAUCGCACCUCCUAUUUGGAAUUGUACAAAUGGCUUUUGUCGGCUAGUGCCGGACAAAAGGUAUGGCCAUUGGAUAAUACCGAAGCUCAUUCUGGAUUCCCGAACCGAUUGAUUUUACCAAGAGGCCAUAAGGGAGGUAGUUUGUAUCAAAUAUUCGUUCACAUUUCACCGUACCACGAACCACAAGUUCCACAAUACAGCACUUUUGAUUCAGUCAUUUCAACUGGCAUUGGAUCCGGCUCGAGAUGGAUUGACUCUCUUCCAUUCUACUAUCCUCUUGAUCGUGAAAUUGAUGUUUAUAAUUGGUACUUGCCAAACAUGUACUACCAAGAUGUAUUGAUCUAUCACAAAGUUGAUGCUUAAUUUUCUUUCCGGCCACUGCGAAUCCCCAAAUCGAAAGCAAUCCAUUUCUUGUCUGAAUGGAAAAUCAACAUUUUUUUAUAUAUCUUACAAUUUUUUACAACUUUUUUUCUGUAUUUUUAGUUUGAAACUUGAUUCAUUGAAUAAAUUUUUGAUUAUGCAAA